GAAUUUUGAAUCUGUGUACAACACACGAGUGUUGUAUAACAUAAAGUUUCAGGUUUCUUGUGUCAGGGCCGCCUAACCCACCAACCCAACAGUAAUAACAACCACUUGGUGUCUUCCACUCAAUCUUAUUUCAUCCUCAUUAUGUGUACUUUCAAGCCUGUGACACAUGUUAUCUUUGAUAUGGAUGGCCUCUUAUUAGACACAGAGCGACUGUACACGCAGGCAGCAGAAAUAAUAGCUUCUGAGUAUGGAAAAACAUUCACAUGGGAUAUGCAGGUGCACUGUAUGGGUCUCAAAGCAUCUGUUGAUGCCCAGUAUAAUAUAGAAUCUCUUAAUCUACCCCUCACUGUGAAUCAGUACUUGGAUAAAGUCAGUAUUGUGUACAAGACUGUAUUUCCAAAUGCCCAGUUAAUGCCAGACACUGAGAGGCUAUACACAGAUGCCACACAAGCAAUUGCUUCGCAGUACAACAAGGUGUACACUUGGGAGAUUAAAGUACAAUGCAUGGGAAUGAAAGGAGCAAUGGCAGCGCAGUGCAUUAUUGACUCUCUGCAUCUGCCACUGACUGUUGAUCAGUAUCUUGAGAAAAUCAUCAGCCAGUAUGACACACUUUUCCCUAAUGCCCAAAUUUUACCAGACACUGUGGACUUAUACAUAAUUAUCCACAAUCAAGCCCUUACACCAUAUGGACAGUCAAUUACAUGGAAGCAAAUAAUGGCUGAAAUGGGACACACAGCAUUGGAAGUUGCACAAAAAUUUUGUGAAAUGUUUAAUUUGAAAAUUUCACCUAAUGAAUAUAUUAAAAAAGUGACCUCAAUUUAUCCAGAAGUAUUUCCGACAGUGAAAUUAAUGAGAGGAGCUGAGAAACUUGUCCGCCAUCUUCACAAACACAGCAUUCCCAUAGCCAUUGCCUCGGGUGGUGCUCAAGAUAGUUUUGAACUGAAGACAACAAAUCACAAAGAGUUUGUUACCAUGUUCAGUCAUGUGGUACUAGCAUCUACAGAUCCUGAAGUUCAAAAUGGAAAGCCUGCUCCAGAUGUCUUUCUUUUAUGUGCUAACAGAUUUUCUGACACCCCCAAACCGGAGCAGUGCCUGGUGUUUGAGGAUGCUCCAAAUGGUGUAGCUGCAGGAGUUGCUGCUGGGAUGCAAGUGGUGAUGGUUCCAGAUCCUCGCCUAGAUGAUAAAAUGACAAAAGGAGCUUCACAAGUUUUGAAGUCACUGGAAGACUUUAGGCCAGAACUAUUUGGCCUACCCAAAUAUGAUGACUAAAUUUUACUUGAUAGCAUUAUAUGCCUCAAUAUCCUUGACUCAAUCUUAAGUUAGUAAAGAUUAUUACAUUGAUUAAUGUUAUAUUUACUAAAAGCACUAAACCUCAAUGGAUCAUACAGUGCUUGCUAAAUAGUCAGAACUAUUACAGUGCCUACUGCUAUAUUAUAUUUUUACAUAACUUCAGAAUAGAUGAGCACUGGUUCAUGCUAAACAGGUCCUGUUCACAUCCGACUAUACCCAUUCAUAUAUUUGUCUAACCUAUCUUUAAAACUACGUAAGGUAUUACCUUCACUGAUGCUACUUGGCAGUUUGUGCCACUCAUCUACAACUCUAUUACCAAACCAGCUUUCCUAUAGAACUUCUAAGUUGAGCUUAUCCAACUUGAACUGAUUGAAGUUCUUUCUUUGUUAGAUAUCCAGAGCACAGGUUUGGCAAUAGAGCCAUAGGUGAGUUAAAUGAGUGGGUGAAAGGAGUUACUUAGAAUAGAAGAAUAGACUUACUACAGUUCUCUGUUCUUAUGUUUUAAUAUAGGAAAGAGCUAGUUUGGUAAUAGAGUUGUAUAUGAAUGAAAUAGGUGGGUGUGAGUAGUUCCUACUUAACAUCUCUAGUAAGCUUACUACAUUCCUUUUCUAUUUUUUCUGUUCUUUAUUGGAGAGAUUACAAUAUAUAGAUUUCAACCCCAUGAAAUAUCCAUGAAUAAGUCAACCUCUAGAUUUUUGCCAAAAAUCUGAACUUAAAACCUCAACCUAUACUCAACUACAUAUAUUCACUGUAUCUGGGUAUUCAGAAAAUUUCAGUCUUUUGCUAGUGUUGUGGUGUUGCUAGUUUCCCUUAAUGCCACAGAGUCCUUAAGUAGAAUGAGAGGGUAGCUAUCACACUUCAAUAUUUGUACAGUAACUCCUUCUACAAUAGUUUUUGUAGUAUUUAUUGGGGAAAGUUCUUUCUUACCUCAUAAAAAUAGGAAAUAGGUCAUUGAUAUGAUAAUGUCAAUACAUAUGGGGAAGAUUUUUUUUUACACAUGUUUUGUUCAGCAAGACUGACUGAAUUUUCAGCUGCAGUUUAGAUUUAUGGACAGAAAUACUGUAUAUAAGACACAUGUAACACUAAAACAUUUUAUUAGGAAAUGUUCUGAUGUAACUUAUGUGUUCUAUUUGUAUGCUGUCAGUAUACAUAUACCAGGCUCCUGUAACCUGAUAGUAGUAGUGUAUUACAGUAAUAGAGAAAGUUAAAUCAUUUGCAGAACAAUUGUUUUUAUAGAAAAUAUAUACAUAUAGUACUGUAUAGCUGUAUAUAGUAUUGUAUUCUCUUAGUAUCUAUUAGUUUUGCAUUUGCCAAUUUAUUCAGGAAAUUGUUUUACAGUUGAAUGACAUUAGAUGAUGUACAGUAUUUUAACCCUUUCACGGCAUCAAACGUUCCCAUCUAUUUCCCAACAAGUGUCAUUUUUUCCUACAGAAAACGGUGUCAAAUAAGGCUUCUUUUUUAUUUGGGAAAGGCCAUAUGCUUUCCAUAUCUAGCAUUUAUUUUCCUUACAGUCUGAGUGUACAGUAAAACAAAAACAAAUUU